UUGCGCAUGGUCAGUUCACAACAAAGCAUGCUGCCUGUAUUUCAGGAUAUCGGUGAUCACCUAAUAGAAGUUGUUGGCUUGGAUUCGGCCAUACAGAUGGGUCAAAUAAAAGCUGGUGUGCGUGGUGCUGCAAGACGUCUUUCACAAUGCGCUAAAAUUGUUAUAAAGACUCGUAAAUCCCUUCCAAUGCAAAUCGAUGGUGAACCAUGGAUGCAGCCACCUUGUAUCAUUCGUAUAGCUCACAAGAACCAAGUGCCUAUGUUAGUUGGUAAGUUAGCUGUGCGUUGA